CACGGAUCUCCCUCGGCUUACAUAAGGAUACCAACGCAAGGUCACGUACAGAUGUGCACAUAUCCCGACCGCGUCCCCAAGGUAGGUACCUCUUGCUAUAUGCAUAAGGUACCAGUUCCGACGAAUCGCGCAGGUAAGGGGGUCACUAAAAGCUGCGAAAAACAGGCUGGCCACUUGAGAAAUCGACCCCGGAUUUUUUUGCACGGCUGAGGAGAGGCCAGCUAUCAUUCCAUGUCAUAUCGUGCCAGUUGACAUCCCGUUGAUGUUGGCUCCUCUCACGACCAAUUCACCAUCAGAGGGCCUCUUUGCGCCGCCUAAGGCCCACCGCGACUUCUCCUGACUGUCUACCCUUCUUCUUCGCUUCUGCUUAUAUAUUUUUUCCGUUUUCUCUCUCUCCCUCUCCCCCCUGUCCUCCGACAGCCGAGUCCGACGAGAUGCGAUUUACUGCGCUGUCAGCCCUGUGGCUGGCGGCCACCACAGCUUGGGGCGCUGUGAACAGAGACGACGAGGGCAACAUUCGGACGAUUUCUCUGCGAACCCAUACCUUAAAACAGCCCUACCUCGACUCUGACAUGCAAAGUCGGUGGUACGAUUUUGGAGGCGACACGAUAAUUCGAACAGAUUCUUAUAUUCGCUUAACUUCGGAUCGUCCGUCGCAAACCGGCUGGCUGUUCUCCCGAGUACCCCUGACAGCCACCAACUGGGAAAUUACGGUCGAGUUCAAGAUCCAUGGUAAAAAUCAGCUUUACGGUGACGGGUUCGCCAUGUGGAUCACCAAAGAGCGAGGGCAACGAGGCCCGGUCUUCGGGCACGCCGAUAACUUCGAGGGCCUCGGCAUUUUCGUCGAUACCUACAAGAAUAACCGGCCCGGUGUGGUCUUUCCGUAUGUCAUGGCCAUGGUGGGAGAUGGCAAGACGUCGUACAACAAGGACAACGACGGCAAGGACACGGAGUUUGCCGGGUGCUCUGCUCGCGGCAUCCGACACUCGAACGUGCCCUCGAAAUUGAGACUCACGUACUUCCAGGAUAAAUCUCUCAAGCUGGAGCUCCAGUACAAGAGCGAGGACGAAUGGCAGCUAUGCUUCGAGACGGGCGAGCCGCCGGCGAUCCCCUCGGUGACCUAUCUAGGAUUCAGCGCCGAGACGGGCGAGCUGAGCGACAACCACGAUAUCAUCUCCAUCGACGCUAAGAAUCUCUACGUGACGGGAAGCUCGUCUAGCAAGCCUACUCCUGGCAGAGGAAGUGUAAAAUCAACUCCGCAAAAGGAGGCCAGCGGCGGCAGCUGGACUUGGUUCUUCUUGAAGAUCAUCUUCUUCGCGUUGGUCGUCGGCGGCUCAUACGUAGGCUAUACGGCCUGGAGGGCAAACAGCAAGAGGAGCCACAGGUUUUGAGGGGCGAAAUAAAAAUAUUUGAGCUCUGCGAGCGAAGGAGCAGGGCCAAAAGCAGGGCUCAAACACAUGUUUACAAAAACAUGUGAAGUUCGAGGUGCGGCCACGUCAUUUCCCACAGUCUCGAACGGUCAGUUCUCUCAUAUCAUCACGAAGCCGGCGGGCACGAACUAGUAGUGUAAAACUAAGGAAUAGUUCAAAAUGUAGCGAAAAUUACAAGUGCUUGUGAGGUUCACAGAACCAACUAGACGGAAUCUGGCAUGCGAUAUUGGGAGGCACAGAUUCUCUAGUCUUCUUCUGAGAGGAGCAUGUUCCGCGAUCACCUACGAACAUCAUAGGUGCGGAGGCCGGAUCGGUCGAGUGAGUGAACAUGUAGGGUCGCAACGUGCGCCAUCUGGCAGAAUACUGUUAUCUGCGUGUUACACUGGUGUCGAAGUGCCUGGCCGUAGGUAGAUGCCACCUUCGUAAGGGUAGAGACUCGGGGAAUAUAAGCCGUUACCUAAAUCUCGACAAUGCCGACAUUUGCGCCCCGAUGCUGGCCCGGAUACGGACAGGUACCUCUUCAAAGGUAUCCAUCCCUGUUGUCUGGAUUCAAGGUAUC